AUGUCUGGCCGUGGUAAAGGUGGAAAGGCUAAAGGAAAGGCGAAGUCUCGCUCUAACCGUGCUGGAUUACAAUUUCCCGUUGGUCGUAUUCAUCGACUUUUGCGAAAAGGAAAUUACGCCGAACGCGUCGGUGCCGGUGCUCCGGUCUACCUGGCUGCGGUGAUGGAAUACCUCGCCGCUGAAGUGUUGGAAUUGGCGGGAAACGCCGCUCGUGACAACAAGAAGACCAGAAUUAUUCCUAGACACUUACAACUUGCCAUUCGUAAUGACGAGGAAUUGAACAAGCUUCUGUCUGGUGUUACCAUCGCUCAGGGUGGCGUACUGCCUAACAUUCAAGCAGUCUUGCUGCCAAAGAAAACCGAGAAGAAAGCAUAA